GUAAGAGAAAAGGAAGGGCUGAUUUCAGCUAAUGACCUGUCUCCUGGCAUGCCUCCUCAGAGUUCCUUUUGGAUAAGACUAUGUCACUUUCAGGAUUCCAACACGGGAUAACAAUAGGAGGAUGAGACAUGAGAAUCAAUCCUUAAAAUAUCCUUGUUUACAAAGUAGAUAUCUAUUGGAAGGGUCAGAGGUUUGCCCCAUUUCAUCCUCUUCCUUCUGAUAGUGUGUUCAGUAGACUUGAUAAAGAAAGAACUUUUGGUGGUAAAUAAAUUAAAACAAAGAUAGAAUAUACUCACGCACAGUCAGUGGAGGGUGGAAAGACGCAGAUCAAGAGAGAGUUUCCAAGAGAAGGUCCACAUCCAAUAUUGGUAGUUUGAUUUUGAGUUAUUGAGAUGCUGAAGCUCCUUCUAGCUUUCUGCCUCUAUGUAAGGCUGAAACCAGUGACCUCACUUGCUCUCGACCCAUGUUCUGCAUAUAUAAGCCUGAAUGAACCAUGGAGGAAUACCGACCACCUGUUCAAUGAAUCCCAAGACAAACCUAUGUGUGACAACCAUCUGGAAGGAGAGUGGUAUCGUUUCACUGGCAUGGCUGGGGAUGCUAUGCCAACUUUUUGUAUCCCAGAAAACCACUGUGGUACACAUUCACCAAUCUGGCUCAAUGGGAGUCACCCCAGUGAAUCAGAAGGUGUUGUGCAAAGGCAAGCGUGUGCUAGCUUCAGUGGCAACUGUUGCCAGUGGAACACAACUGUAGAUAUCAAGGCCUGCCCAGGAGGGUACUACGUCUAUCGGCUAACUAAACCUGAUGUGUGCUUCCAUGUCUACUGUGGACAUUUCUAUGAUAUAUGUGACUUGAUGGAGUGCAGAGGCACAUGCUUGGAUACUGGAGACUGUGUUUGUGGAGCUGGAACUGUUCUAGGACCCGAUGGGCAAACAUGUCUUGAUGAAAAUGAAUGUGAGCAAAAUAAUGGUGGGUGCAACGAGAUUUGCGUAAACUUGAAAAAUUCUCACAGAUGCGACUGCGGAAAAGGACGGGUCCUGGGCAGCGAUGGAAAGACAUGUGAAGAUAUUGAAGGAUGUCAUAACAGCAAUGGAGGCUGCAGUCAUUCCUGUGUACCCAUAGGUGACACAUACCAGUGCCAGUGCCCAAGGGGGCUAGUCCUGUCUGAUGAUAACCACACCUGCCAAGUUCCUGUCUUGUGCAAACCCAGCUCCAUAGAAGUAGCUGUUCCUAAGGAUCUAGUUGGAGGACUGGAACUAUUUCUGUCCAAUUCAUCCUGCAAGGGAGUGUCAAAUGGAACCCAUGUCAACGUCAAUUUCAACCUGAAGACUUGUGGAACCACCAUCAAUGUAGUAAGUGAUAAAAUUAUUGCCACUAAUCUUAUUACGGGAAUGCCGAAGCAGACUCCAGGCAGUAAUGGGGAUGUAAUCAUUCGCACCAGCAAGCUCCUCAUCCCAGUGACCUGUGAGUUCCCCAGACUAUACACAAUAUCUGAAGGCUAUGUACCGAAUCUCAAGAACUCACCCCUGGAAAUAAUGGGCCACAAUCGAGGAUCCUUCCCUUUUACCUUGGAGAUAUUUAAGGAUAAGGAUUUCGAUGAGCCGUAUAAAGAGAACUUGCCGGUGCUUAAACUUCGAGACUCGCUUUACUUUGGCAUUGAACCCUUAAUGCGUGUGAAUGGACUGGAAACGUUAGUGGAGAGCUGCUAUGCCACCCCAACAUCAAAAUUUGACGAGAUUCUGAAGUAUUAUUUGAUCCAGGAUGGAUGUGUUUCAGAUGAGAGUGUGAAGCAAUAUACAUCAAAGGAUCAUCUUGCAAAGCACUUUCAGGUCCCGGUUUUUAAGUUCGUAGGAAAAGAUAACAAGGAAGUGUUCUUACACUGCCAGGUCCUUGUAUGUGGUGCAACAGAUGAACGAUCUCGAUGUGCACAAGGAUGUCGCAGGCGCAUGCGCAGACAAGCAGAAAUGGCAGAAGGAACUAGCCACCUGGCUAACCAUAUUCUUACUGGGGGACCUAUUAUUAUAGACAUGGAAGAGUAGCUUGCUCUAGAAAUGCAUGGCUGCAUAAAAAGAAUAACUGUCUGCUUACAUCUACUCUUUUUUAAACUUUAGCUUCCCCUUCCAUUUUGUCUCUUAAAAGAAGACUGAUUUCAUUAAUAUAACACAAAAUAUGACUACUUCAAAA